GUGAUCAAGAAAUGUAGACAAAUGCCCAUUAAAGUCUGCCUCUCAUUUUCCUUCAUUAACUCAUUCCCCCAAAACAACACAUUUUUAUCAAAUUCUCUUAACUUUUUUUCCUUAACAUAAUUCCUUUUUACCACCCAAAACCUCCAAAUUCGAGAAAACAGUGGUUAAUGUGCCAUUGGUGUUUUUGGUAUAAAGCUCUUCUUACAAGAAAGAUCACCAAUGAUAGGUUUAGAGAGUACGUCCAAGAACUCUGCGACUAACACAGUUAGUCAAGAGAGCAAGAGAGAGACCAAACCGGUUAGAGAUUCUGGUAAGCAUCCGGUUUACAGAGGUGUCCGAAAGAGGAGCUGGGGAAAAUGGGUGUCAGAGAUAAGAGAGCCGAGGAAGAAAUCUCGUAUAUGGCUCGGAACGUUUCCUUCACCAGAGAUGGCGGCGCGUGCACACGAUGUAGCUGCUUUGAGCAUCAAAGGAACCUCCGCUACACUCAACUUCCCUGACCUCGUGGACUCUUUCCCAAGGCCAAGCUCCCUCAGCCCUCGAGACAUCCAAGCCGCAGCUCUCAAAGCUGCACACAUGGAGAUCAUCACGACAACCUCACAAUCUUCUCCUUCUUCGUCUCUAGCGUCUUCUUCUUCGCUUGAGUCUCUUGUGUCUUCCUCGGGUACUGGCUCGGAGGAGCUAGAGGAGAUUGUUGAGCUGCCGAGUUUAGGGUCCAACUAUGAUGGUACGACUCAGCUAAGUAGCGAGUUCAUUUUCUUUGACUCUACAGACUUUUGGGUUCAUCCACCACAUCAGUUGUCAGAAGUUGAUUAUGAGAUGAUUCCCGGGUCAUUAUCACAGGAUUGGGAUCUUCCAGGACUGUUUAAUUAUUGAGUUAUAAUCAGAUAAAAAAUACUCUACAUAUGGCUUACUAGUAAUGAUGUUUUAACUUUGUUUUAGUGAACACUUUAUUUUGUGGUGGAUUGAGUUAGGAUUAUUUGUCUCUGCUCAUCUUUUCUCAAUGCGUGUUUGUGUGUGUGUGAGCUCCAUAUAUGAAUACUUGUACAUAAUUUCGUUUUUUUCAGUGUGGAAAAUUAUGAAAAAUAAAUAAUAUUGAACUAGUAGCCAA